UAUUUCAGGCAGGAAAAAUACGAACUGGCAGAAUAUCACUUCAGUCGGGCGCUGAGCAUCAAUACCGCCUCCAGCGUCCUCCACACCUACCUGGGCAUGGUAUUUCACGCUAACGGGAAGAGCCUACAGGCCUUGAACAUGCUAGCACGCGCCUCGGCGAUUCAGCCUGACAACCCUCAAGCUCGCUUUCAGCGCGCCAACGUCCUCAUGAAACUUGAUCGCUACCAAGAGGCACAGGAAGAAUUGGAGAGAGUGAGGGACCACGCCCCCAGAGAGGCCAGCGUUCACUUCCUGCUGGGCAAGAUCUGCAAACGUCUCGGCAAGCGUGAGAAGGCGCUGCGACACUUCCUCCUCGCCCUGGAUUUCGACCCGAAAGACGGAAAUCUGGUCAAAGCAGCCAUAGACCAAUUGGAGCUACCGGAGGAAGCGGAGGAGGAAGAGGAGGGGGAGGAGGAGGCGGAGGAGAAUUUCUGAGGGACGCAGAAGGAAAUUGGGACCAAGUAAAAAAGGGACGGGAGGUGGAAUUUGAAGUAUUUGAAAGCAGAGGUGGAGG